CUCUUUCUCUCCAUCAGACCGAGGGAAUGACAACUGGUUGAUCAAGUAUGAGAAGCCAGGGGAAGGAGAGGGAGAGAAGGCCAUCCAGAUAGCAGCAAUAGACAACGGCCUGGCCUUCCCCUUCAAACACCCUGACGAGUGGAGAGCCUACCCGUUCCAUUGGGCGUGUCUGCCCCAGGCUAAAGUACCCUUCUCCCAGGAGACCAGAGAGCUGGUGCUGUCCCGUCUGUCAGACAUGAACUUCGUCCAGGACCUCUGUGAAGACCUCUACGAAAUGUUUAUGGCAGAUAAAGGUUUUGACAAGACCAUGUUUGAAAAGCAGAUGUCAGUCAUGAGAGGACAGAUCUUAAACCUGAGCCAGGCGUUAAAGGAUAAUAAAACUCCCAUUCAGUUGGUCCAGAUGCCCAGAGUCGUGGUGGAGAGACGCCGGACAGGAGGACAAGGGAGGGUGGUAACAUUAGGAACAGCUUUCACCCAGACCUUCCACUGCAAGAGACCUUUCUUCUCUUCCUGGUAGAGGGAGGGAUGGCUGGAGAGGGAGGGAGAGAGGACAGGGGAGGGUGGAGAGAUGAGGGAAGAGAGGGAGCCUCCUCUGCAACACAAUGACCUACCCUCCUGGUAGAGAGAGAGAGAGAGAGGGUGAGAGAGAGAGAGACAUGAAGAGACUCUCAGAGCAUCUUUCCUCCAGAGGGAUUGGUUUGGAGUUGGACAUCACACGUCUGGGGAAACAUUCCAAAUGGCUCCCUAUUCCCUUUAUAGUGCACUACAUUAGGCCCUGGUCAAUGGGGUUAGUGCACCCUAAAGGGACUAGUGUUCCAUUUGGGACGUAUCCUGAGUGUGUUGAGCUCAUGGCCUUUGUGGAGCGAUGGAUAGCGAUGCUUCGUGGGCGACCGUUGUUGAUGUGUGCAGAGGGUCCCUGGUUCGCGCCCGUGUCGGGGCGAGGGGACGGUUUAAAGUUAUACUGUUACAUUGGUGGCAGUUAUGAAAAAAGUAAAUAGUUGGACACGUUUCAGAGGUAAUUGAAAAUAAUGGCAUUGUUGAACCCAGGAUGUCCUAAAUGGAACCCUAUUCCCUAUCCAGCCCUGCACUAUGUCUGACCAGAGGCUCCAUAGGGGCUAGUGCAUUUAGGGGAAUAUAGUGCUAUUUGGGAUACACGAACAGUGUCUUCGGGUUUUGCGCUACUGCCAAAAUCAUUUUAAUAUAAGCAUAAAGAAAAAGGCUUUUUUUUGAAGGAAUUAAAUCAUGUUAAAAAACUGGAUUAAAUACAAUGUAUGUUGCUUGAAUGUAAGUUUCCAGUUUAUAUUUAAAUAGAGCAACGUGUCUCCGAGACAUUUCAACGAGAGGGAAUACUGUUGACAAUGUGUCGUCCCAAAUAGCACUCCUUUUGAGUGGCUUUUUUGGGAUGCGCUCGACGGUAAUUUUUCAUAGCGAUGAAUGUAUUAACUGAUUGACAUGUACGUGUAAUUUGCUGGUGACAAUAUGCUCUUGGCUAUUAUGGGAUGGGUGGUGGGUUAAACUCGAGGUACGCUGUGCAAUAUGAUGUCAUCAGGCAGCGGGGGGGGGGGGGGGGGGGGUGAACUUCCUGUUUUAAAAACGACAACAAUUAGAAUCUGCCAAGAUGGAGGCUGGGAUUCAAUCUGAUCGCAGGUUACAGACAAAUGUUCCAGCGUUCGCGGAGAUCCCAUUCACAGGAAACGCUACGCAGGUCGGCUCAAUCGGAAAUGUACCUUUUAAAAGGCCUCAAAGUCUAUAAACCAACCAUCAGAUUGAAUCCCGGCCUGAUUCUUCACCCCAAAAAGUGGAACUCCUGGCAGAAUUGUAUUAUUUUGUUGUUGUGAUUUGUUGUUGUCUGUAAACAGGAAGUUACCCUGCUAUGCUAGGUGAUGUCAUAUUGCUGAGUCUUCCGUUAAUCUCCCACCAAAUGGGCAGGAAAAAAGGAAAAAUAAGGACAUUCGCACACUUGCUAAACAUUUUCUACGUUCCCAUACAGCACCCUAUUCCCUACGUAGUGCACUACUUUUGACCAGGGCCUAUAGGGAUAAAGUAGUGCACUUUUCUUGGAUAAAAGUAGUGAACUAUGUAGGGAUUAGGGUGCCGUUGGUGACACAGCCACUGUUUGGGUUUUUCAUAAUUUAUGCAUCUUGAACUUUCUAUUCCUGCUGUAUAAUGAAUGUAAAGGUAGAAUUGUAUUUUUUUUAAAUGUUGGAAACAAUAAAUGUAAAUUUGGGAUUGGUUAAA